AGAUUUUGCUUUUAAAUACUAAAACGUUUUAUUAAACGACAAUAUUUAGAAUUUUUUUAUACUUAUUAUUAAUCGUUCAAAUUAUGAAAAAAUUUAGGCUCUGCCCAGUUAAGGGAAGCACCUACAGAGUAACGAAGUGAAACCGUUGAAGUAAAGUUGAUAGAAGCCAGCAUGUCUGUUUCAGUGUACACGAAUAUGGGACAGUUCAGUUGUCAUAGCAUGCCGAACCACGAGAGCCAUAGCCAGUCAACUUCACUGCGCUCUCGUUCAGCUCCUAUUCGGACCAGCAGUAAUAUUCCUGGCUUUUGCAAUAAGAUUGCGUACUAUUCCGUAUACCCGCCAUCCGCGCCGCUGUAUCUUCUAUCAAUAUCUAGCUUAUCACAUGAAGAUAGUGGUUUUGAACAGCAAUCAAAACAGAUAAUGAAUGACGAAGCCAAAAGAAUAGCUCAACAAGUGUUACAAUUGGUUCUAAAGUCGGUUGUUCGUAAAGCUGUGGCCCACACGUCUGCUAAAACCGUCUCCGUCGGGUCCUCCGUCCAUGUCCUGAGCCAAAGCAUUGCUAUACAAACCAGUCAUAAAGCUGCCACGGACAGACGCGUGAAUAAGGAGGGCCUCAGUUCCAGUUCUAGUGCUGAAAGUUGUAUGGAGCGUGAAGAGAAAUGGGUUAAAGAUUUACGUAUGCUUCGCGACUCGCAUGUUCGGCUCGUCCUGCGUCAACUUCGACAACUGCAAGACAUCGAACGGCUCAGUCGUGAUUUUACUACCAAAAACUUAACUCAACACGUUCCAUCUUCACGCCAACUAGAUCUAGGAACCAUAGAAACAAGGAUUUGAUUCUGGAGAUCAACAAUACUUUGGGUGUACGGUGUGUCUACUUAAAAAAUCAGUCAAAUAAAUU